AUGGUACAGUCUCAUACAUUCCUACAGUCUUCUGGUGUAAAGGUCAGUCAAGAAUGCCUGGAGCAGUUUCAGUCGUUGAAGCUGGGCAAGAAGAUCAAGUACAUCAUUUACACUCUCUCGCCUGACAACACUGAGAUUGUUGUGGCUAAGACAAGCGAGUCCGGCAACUACGAUGACUUCCUUGCUGAGCUGCCACCGGCUGAAUGUCGCUAUGCAAUUUACGAUUUCGAGUACCAGAAGGGCGAUGAGGGCAAGCGAAACAAGAUCUGCUUCUUUACGUGGUCGCCUGAUGACUCGAAGGUGAAGCAGAAGAUGCUUUACGCUUCUUCCAAGGAUGCUCUGCGUAAGGCCCUUGUUGGCAUUGCUACUGAGAUCCAGGGUACUGACUUCAGCGAGGUUUCGUACGAGACUGUGCUGGAGAAGGUGUCCCGUUCGACGUUCUAA